GUUUAACAAAGAAAAAAAGAAAACGGAAAAAGAAAUUUCGGAGAAUAUUACCAUUACACCACCGCAUAAAAUCGCACCGCUUUCUUUCCUUUCUCUCUCCGACAAUCGAAUUCUAGAGCGAGAAACGCCAGACAAACGCGAAAAAGAAAAAAGAAAAAAGAGAAAAGAAAAGGAAGAAGUGUUUGUAGAGAGAGAAAGUCGGACCUGAUUAUCAAAACAACAACAAAAAAAAAGUCGGACCUGCUUCUUUCCAUUUGGUCUCGAGACUUUCUUCAACAAUGGCGGGUUUUAGGGUUUCUAGGGGUUUGUGACUGGCGAAUUCGGCGGCAAUCUCGAUGGAAAUGCCCGGUAGGAGAUCGAACUACUCGCUCCUCAGCCAAUUCGACGAUGACCAGUACGGCGGCGGCGGCGGCGGAGGUGUCGCCGGAGGUUCGUUCUACGAGACUGUGUCGGGGGAGGGGAAGAGCAACAACAACAAAGGGAAGGUGGAGAGAGGAUUUGACUGGGAAUCGCCGGGAGGCGAUCACAGAGGGAAUAACAACAAUAACAAUAAUAAUCAGCAGGUGAAUCGGAUCGGGAAUAUGUUCUCGUCGUCGUCGUCGACGAUCGGGUUGCAGAGGCAGUCGAGCGGGAGUAGCUACGGCGAGAGCUCGCUCUCCGGUGAGUAUUACGGGCCGACUCUGUCGGCCUCGGCGGCCAACGAGAUCGACGCGCUCGGGUACUUGCAUGACGAUGUGGUCAAGAUUGGAGGAGUAGGAGGGCAGUACAGGUUGAAGGGCGUGGACGGAGGCGGCGGGACCGGGGGAUCGUCGUGGUCGGGGAAGAGCUGGGCGCAGCAGACGGAGGAGAGUUACCAAUUACAGCUAGCUUUGGCGCUCCGGUUGUCGUCCGAUGCGACUUGCGCAGAUGAUCCCCAUUUCUUGGAUCCGGUGCCCGACGAAUCCUCCAUAAGGACGGCGUCGUCGAAUUCGGCCGAGGCCGUCUCGCAUCGGUUUUGGGUGAAUGGCUGCCUCUCGUACUUUGACAAAGUUCCUGAUGGCUUUUACCUAAUUCAUGGAAUGGAUCCAUAUGUAUGGACUAUGUGCACUGAUCUGCAAGAGAAUGGUCGUAUACCAUCACUUGAAUUGCUCAAGUCCGUUGACUCUAGCAUUGGCUCUUCAAUUGAAGCAGUUCUUGUUGAUAGACGUAGUGACCCCGGUUUGAAGGAACUGCACAAUAGAGUCCUAAGCAUUUCUUGUAGCUGUAUAACAACCAAAGAAGUUGUAGAUCAGCUUGCAAAGCUUGUAUGCAGUCGCAUGGGGGGUUUAGCUUCCACAGGAGAAGAUGAUUUGGUUUCGGUUUGGAGGGAGGGUAGUGAUGAUCUAAAAGAUUGCUUAGGAUCUGUAGUUGUUCCUGUAGGCAGUCUAUCCAUUGGCCUCUGCAGACAUCGUGCUUUGCUAUUCAAAGUGUUAGCUAAUACAAUUGAUUUGCCAUGUCGAAUUGCGAAGGGCUGUAAAUAUUGUAGAAGAGAUGAUGCUUCCUCGUGUCUUGUCCGCUUUGGGCUUGAUAAAGAGUAUUUGGUAGAUUUGGUUGGGAAUCCAGGUUACUUAUGUGAGCCUGAUUCCGUGCUCAAUGGUCCGUCAUCCAUCUCAAUUUCUUCACCCUUGCGCUUUCCACGACUGAAACCAGUUGAACCUGCCAUCGAUUUCAGGUCACUGGCCAAACAGUAUUUCUCAGACUGCCAGUCACUUAAUCUGGUAUUUGAUGAAGCUUCCUCAGGACCCACCACUGAUGAAGAAAACCGUCGGUUUCCCAUGUAUUCCAAAUCACAUGAUAGGAAAUGCGCGGAUGUAAACAACUUUUUGCCGAUUCCAGGUCAUGGUGAUGACAUGUCUCGGCGUGGCAAAGCUGGUCGGUCUGGUGGCGAAGGUAGUCCCCAAAAUACUGUACAGCCAACAACCAAAGAACCACAUAUGGGGCAUGUAGGGGGCGGUCAACUGAUUCCUAAACCAAGCAACAAUCUUACCCUUGACAUAGAGGAUUUGGUCAUUCCGUGGAGUGAUCUGGUACUAAAAGAGAGAAUUGGAGCAGGUUCUUUUGGCACCGUCCAUCGCGCUGAUUGGCAUGGCUCAGAUGUUGCUGUGAAGAUUCUUAUGGAACAAGACUUUCAUGCAGAACGCUUCAAUGAAUUCUUGAGGGAGGUUGCCAUAAUGAAACGCCUACGGCAUCCAAAUAUUGUUCUCUUUAUGGGCGCAGUGACGCAGCCACCAAACUUGUCCAUAGUCACAGAAUAUUUAUCAAGAGGGAGCUUGUAUAGGCUUUUGCAUAAACCCAGUGCAAGAGAGAUGCUGGACGAGAGGCGUCGGUUGAAUAUGGCUUAUGAUGUGGCAAAGGGAAUGAAUUAUCUUCAUAGACGUAAUCCCCCUAUAGUUCACCGAGAUCUAAAAUCUCCAAAUCUUCUUGUUGAUAAGAAAUAUACUGUGAAGGUUUGCGAUUUUGGUCUUUCACGUCUAAAGGCGAAUACAUUUCUUUCAUCAAAGUCGGCCGCUGGGACUCCAGAGUGGAUGGCACCAGAAGUUCUCCGUGAUGAGCCAUCAAAUGAGAAAUCAGACGUUUACAGCUUUGGUGUAAUAUUGUGGGAACUUGCCACGCUGCAACAGCCAUGGAGUAAUUUAAAUCCAGCACAGGUUGUGGCAGCUGUUGGUUUUAGGAACAAAAGGCUUGAGAUUCCGCGUGAUUUGAAUUCUCAAGUUGCUUCCUUAAUUGAGGCAUGCUGGGCCAAUGAGCCGUGGAAGCGACCUUCAUUUGCCAGUAUCAUGGAAUCUUUGAGACCGUUGACUAAACCUACUACGCCUCUUCCCGGCCAUCCAAAUAUGCAAUUACUAAGCUGAAGGGUCGUUGAAUAUUUGAUUAGUCUUAUUCAUGCACAUAGUACAGCAUUCUUAUUUGUUUUGAUAACUGGCAGGCCAUCACUGCCACUCAGAAUCUUCAAUAGUCUCAGAUUCAUUGAUGUCCUAUGUUUCUAUUACUAAUUACCGAUUGAGAAUACUGAUUCUUUUUUCACAAGGAACUCUACCACAAGUGUCGACAAGGUCUGCAUCAUAAUUUACCUCCCAGAAAUUAUAGUUUGCCUCCAUAGCCUUUUUGUCAAGCCAUCCCAGGAAAGUUGUAAAAUUUAUUUAAUUUAAUUUUGUUUUGUUUUGUUUUGUUUAUUGUAAUCUUGUAUGUAAAGAGUUGACUAGAAUGAGCUAAUGAGAAGCAGCUUCGCGGCAUUGCAUUCACACAA